GCACUCCUGCCAUGCGCCGCUUAUGAGAGCAGUGUGUUUACGCGCGCAUGUGGGAUGGAGGAGCCUACGGGAGAAGUGCUAAGGGCAGACUGAUGAGAGACUGCGCGUACUACUGGAGGGUGACCCCUCGACUGAUUCUGGGGAGAGAGAGAGAGGUCCUGUGUAUCCGUGACAACGAGGAUGGGCUGCAAUCUGUGCUCUUUGCAGAAGAGAGAGGAGCAUUACAAACUGCUCUACGAGAUCUCACAGGUUAAUGGGAAGGACUUAUCAAGAGCCAGUCAUGAGGAGGCAGUGGAGGCCUUCCGCAGUGCCAAAGACCCCAUCGUGGUCCAGGUUCUCCGACGGAACCCUCUCCCCCGGGGUCAAGGGUCAUCUCCAGACGUCCAGCUGGUGGACGUGUGCACACAGACAGACAUCACCUUUGAGCACAUCAUGGCCCUGGCCAAACUCCAGCCCAGCAGCCCACCAGUACCAGACGUCUGCCCCUUCCUCCUCUCAGACAGCUGUAACUCUCUCCACACCAUGGGCCAGGAGUAUUAUGAAGGGAGUGAGUACCUCUCCAACAUGGCGCCCGAUGCCGAGAGGACUGAUGAGUUGGAGUAUGAGGAGGUGGAGCUCUGUCGUUUGAACAGUCAGGAGAAGCUUGGGCUCACUCUGUGCUACAGGACUGACGAUGAGGAUGACAUCGCUAUCUAUGUGUCAGAGGUGGGUCCAAACAGCAUCGCAGCCCGAGAUGGUCGUAUCCGGGAAGGGGACCGGAUUUUGCAGAUAAACGGGGAGGAUGUGCAGAACAGAGAGGAGGCAGUGGCUCUACUUUCUCGAGAAGACUGCAGAAACAUUGUACUGCUCGUAGCCAGGCCAGAGCUGCAGCUGGAGGAGGCCUGGCUGGAUGAUGAGCAUAGCGAGUUUUUAGAGGAUCUCAAACUGGAGAUGCUGGCAGAACAGAGAAGAGAAGAGGAAGAGAUGGAGAGAGCAGCCAGAGAAGAGGAAGAACAGGUGAGGAAAGCCGAGCAGGAGGACAUCUUGGCUGGUAGUGCCUCAUGUUCCUCUGCUCAGGAGUCGACAUGUGCUUCGGAACUCCUGCUCCAUGGAGCAGACAGUGCCCAACACACCGUCCUAGCACAGAUCCAGAAGAGGCUGUCCCGGUGUCUGCGGCAGCGACGAGAGGCAGCAGCCCAGGGCCCCUGCGGGCUGGCACCAGAGGUGGAGGGCCCAGAGGGUGACCGCUACCAGCAGCUGCUGGAGCUCAAGUGUCAGAUCCGUAACAGCGGCGAGUACGACCUGUUCUACCAUCGCAGCAGCACCAUUGAGUGCAGUAUGGGUGAGCAGCGAGGCAGCGGCAUGGAGCAUGAGCUCCGCCUCCUCAAUGAGGAGCUGCGCAGCAUCGAGCUGGAGUGCCAGAGUCUGAUGCAGGCACACCAGCUACGGAAAGGAGGCCAGCGACACGCAGGCAGUGAGCAGGGUCAGUGGAGCCCUUCCCGAAGCCCUGCCCGCCGGCAAGGGGGCAAGUUGGCCGACAUCAACGAGCACCCGGAGAAGUCGGACAAGGACAGCUCGAGCGCCUACAACACAGCAGAAAGCUCGCGCAGCACGCCGCUUGCCAUGGACCGCUCACCUGAGCAUUCCCUGCAGAGGAUGAUAAGCCUGACCAACCAGAGGAACCUGAGGGGUGGCCUGGUGGCCGGGCGUGGCUCGCCACCCUGCGCUCCAGUGCACAGGGCUCCGAGUGGCAGCCCUGACCACAGCAACCCGUCUGAGUCAGAGCAGACCCCCCCGGUAGAGGAAGAGAGCUCUCCGGGUAAAGAGCGGGCACCAAUUUCACGGAUCCCCUACCUCUCUCCCCACCGUCCACAUGCGGACGUUCCCAUCCAUGCCAGGCACUACCAGAGCUACAUGCAGCUGAUUGAACAACGCUCCAUCGCCGAGGGUGCCACCGGUGAGCCAGGUCCACUCGGGCCCCACACACCGGAGCCUCGGCUGGAGUGGAAGGUGAAGGUGCGCAGCGAUGGCACACGGUACAUCACCAAACGGCCUGUGCGUGACAGGCUGCUGCGCGAACGCGCCCUCAAGAUUAAAGAGGAGCGCAGCGGUGGCAUGACCACGGACGACGACGCCAUGAGCGAGAUGAAGAUGGGCCGCUACUGGAGCAAGGAGGAGCGCAAGCAGCAGCUUCUGCGGGCCAAGGAGCAGCGCCGGCGCCGCGAGUUUAUGCAGCGCUGCCGGCUAGAGAGCCUGCGCGAGAGCCCCCAGAGCGGCAGUGAGGGACGCAAGGAGGUGAGCAUCAUCGAGCUCAGCCAGCGCAAGAUGAUGAAGAAGCGCAACAAGAAGAUCCUGGACAACUGGAUGACCAUCCAGGAGCUGAUGACGCAUGGUGCGAAAGCACCAGAAGGGGCCAAAGUUCACAACGCCUUCCUUUCCGUCACAACUGUAUAGAGAGAGACGAUCAGACUCCAACUGUACCCCAUGUGGUACAACCUACUUUUGCCUCGUUCAAUGUGGCGAUUUUUAUGAGAAACAACAAAAAAUGUAUUUUUCUCACUUUGUUCUUAAGAAACAUUUUGUAAGCAGUUUAUCAAAAGAUUCAUCACAUUUUUAAUGAGAAUAUUUUUUUUCCAUACAUUUUGAGGAAGGUUUUUCAUGUAACCCUUAUUGAUAAACUCUUCCAUGAAAAGAAAUCCAAAGUGCUAAUUUAUGUUGAAAGCUGCUUAUGAAACUUUUUUACUCUUUCUGUUUCUCAUUCCAUCCCUGACUCAGACACAUCCGGUUGAACAUCCGGUUCAGGUUUUUGGUAAUCUGAAUGUAAAUGACCAUUUUAUUAUGUGCUUUUACUUUAAAUGGCUUUGUUUGAUUUCUUUGCAGUUGGUUGGUCUUUGAAUCAAAAUUUCAUAUGACUCAGUUUAAGUGAAAUACUUAAUUAUAUGGAAAACUUUGUCACCUCCCUCAGUCUUAGACACUGUAAGAUGUUUUGUAGGAAGUUUUCAUUAAUUUAAAAAAAUGAACAAAUAAAUAAACCGACCAGUCCUGACCUAUCCAGUCAAAACACAAUCACCAGCAACAGGCCCAUGGCAACAGAAAACCUAUGCCUAACUGUGCUAUAUAAACAUUUUAGGGACAGAUAUUUUUCUGUGUGUUUGUGUUUCACAGGGAUAAAGCCACACCAGUAGAGUUUACGUAGGUUUAGUUAGGGCACCAUUUCUUAUUUCCACUGUACUUGGACCACUAAACUGCAGUGUUUUCCUGGCUCUGAUGGUAUUGGUCAAAGUCAUCAAGAACAUGAUAAUUAGUUGAGUGACAUGGGCUAAUGCAAGCGUCAUUCUUUACACAAUGAAGACCUAAGACUGAGACUAGGGUCCACAAGGUAAAGGUUAGAUUUGUAGGAUCAGGGUUGGGUUUAAGAGUCAAUAGAAUAGUGAAAUGUUAAUGGAGGGCAGCACUGGAAAUAUCUCAAUAGUAUAAUGUCUGCAAUUACAAUAAAACAAAUCCUCUUAUAAUGGUACAGUGGGCCUACAGUGGGCCUGCCCUGGGCCAGCUGAUGCUAAAAUUGUUGAUCAAGGUAAAUACUGAAGCUGUUUAUACUGCGUUUGUACAGGUCAGUGGGAAAUUAGCACAAGUGAAGAAAGUAAGGUGCCAUGCAGGUGGGAUGCUGGGAUAAUGGCACUUUCCAGCACAGUGGCCUUUAUCACCACACACAGUUUCAUCUAUUACGAUCUGUGAGAAAAGUAUUUAUUCUACAUUGUCACUCCUACUCUGAGAAUAUUGUUAAAUACAUAACACUGUGUUUAGGCAUGCCGCCAAAGACUCAGUUCAGUAUUACAGUAAUGACUCUUUUCAUAUUGAAUUCAGUAUUUUACAGUAUUACAGUGAUCCUUUUUAAAAACUCUGAGCUCAAAAGUAUUGAAAUAAGCCUAUUAUGUCUGCAUUCUCCAUUUGUGCUUUUAUAUAAUAGGCCACAAAUCUCAUUAUAAGGUCAUAAAGUAAAAUGCACAUAAAAUAAGGAAUAUCAAUAUAGUUAUUCAAAUUCCAGAAGAGAAUCGCUACCCAGCAUUGUUGGUACCUAGCAUUAUUACCAAUUACAGAUGUUCAGGGGUAUACAUAAUGUCAAGUAGUAUAGCACUUGCUGUAAUUUUGUCAAACUGCUUUUUAGGUGGAUUUAGACAAUCUAAAUUUCAGCAUUGAAAGGUUAUGUCUACUUAAAUCAUAUGUUCUCUAAUUACAUCUGAUUAAAACAUCAUCAAUAUGUUUGUGGAUUUUGUUCCUUUUAACUUCCUUUCCAGGAAAAAACUGUAUAUUACACCUGUAAAUUUCUGUAAUUGUACUGACUAAAUGUUAUUUGUCCUAUUUCAAGUAAUAUGUAGUUGCCUUUCCUGGCCAGGUGAAUGUGUAGUCAAUUGUGAUAUUUUAACAUUGAAAUAAA